CCGCCUCACUCACGUCCUACUUGUGUUUGGAAACCUUCCGGAGUAGUCCUCACGUGUUGAUCGUCGGACAUUAAUCGUAACCCUACAGCAAUCAUGAAUCGUGAUCAAGUCAUCAACUUUGCCCCUGGGCCAGCCAAGCUCCCACAAGAGGUACUUGAACAGGCCCAGAAAGACAUGCUGAGCUACAACAACCUGGGGAUAUCAGUGAUGGAAAUGAGCCAUCGGUCAUCAGAUUUCAGCAAAAUCAUCAACAAUGCCGAGAAUUUGCUGAGAGAGUUACUCCAAAUCCCAGAUAACUACAAGGUGCUGUACCUACAAGGUGGUGGAACAGGACAGUUCAGUGCUGUCCCACUCAAUCUGCUGAACCUGAAAGAAGGUCACACAGCUGACUACAUCGUCACUGGUGCCUGGUCAGCAAAGGCUGCAAAGGAGGCUGAAAAGUAUGGCAAGGUGAAUGUUGUCUACCCCAAGCUGGACAAGUACACAACCAUCCCUGACCCCAGCACCUGGACCCUGAACCCUGAUGCCUCCUAUGUGUACUACUGUGCCAAUGAGACCAUCCAUGGGGUGGAGUUCCAGUUUGUACCAGAGACUAACGGAGUUCCCCUGGUGGCAGACAUGUCCUCCAACAUCCUGACUAGACCUGUGGAUAUCUCCAAGUUUGGGCUGAUCUAUGCUGGAGCUCAGAAGAACAUCGGCUGUGCAGGAGUCACCCUGGUGAUUGUACGUGAGGACCUGAUCGGUAGUGCCAUGAAGGAAUGUCCGUCUGUGCUGGACUACAAGAACCAAGUUGGGAUGAACUCCAUGUUCAACACUCCACCAACAUGGAGUAUCUACAUCAUGGGACUGGUGUUCCAGUGGUUGAAGACGUUGGGUGGGGCAGCGGCUAUGGAGGACAUCAACCGGAAGAAAUCUGAAGCUGUCUACAGCACCAUCGACUCCCUACCUGACUUCUACUUCUGUCCUGUAGACAAGGCUGCCCGCAGCAGGAUGAACGUUCCCUUCAGAAUCGGCAGCCCCUCAGGAGAUGAGACUCUGGAGAAAAGAUUUCUGGAGGAGGCUCAGAAACGUGGAUUUGUCUCCUUGAAAGGCCAUAGGUCGGUGGGAGGGCUGCGGGCAUCCCUGUACAACGCUGUGACUGCCCAGGACGUGGACGCUCUGGUCACAUUUAUGAAAGAAUUCCAUCAAGCUAAUCAAUAAUUUGGACAGGUCACGAAAUGGACAUUGCCAUAUGUACUAGUUUAGGUCUUCAACACAUGUACAAUUUAUUCCUGGCUCUCAAAGCUUCUCAUUUGAAUGAAACCAAAAUGGUAGUCAAAAGAAACAAUUCCAUGUAUGUCUACAUAGUUCAAGACACUAUCAAACUGUUAUAAACUUUGAUUGGAAUAGAAAUUACUAUCAGCCAGAAAUAUGUAGACACCAACACAACCGUACCAGUAUUUAUUAAGCCUUUCUGUGAAGGUUUCAGGUGGACGACUAUCAUGGUUAUCUUUCAGAUCCCGUUGUAUAUUUUUUGCACGCUGGUUUCAUGAUGCCAACCCAAGAAAGGGAGCCACUUCUAUAUAGCAAAGGUUUUUGUCAUGUGGUACAUUUGGAUAUGUGUGGGGAUCUGAAAAAAGUAGAGGCUGGUAUCUGGUUAAUUCUGACCUUGAGCUUUAUAAGGGAUGCCAAAACAGAAAAAAAGGGUGUUAACGCCAGAUACCUCAUGUUGUAAAUAAAUACCCUGAAGACUCUA